CAAACAAGCACGUUUUAUGGAGAUAAUAACACUGCAGCCAAUGUGUUUAAUAAUGAACCAAUUAUGAACAUUUUUGUUAGUACUAUUCACGUACACAGCCACAUUUAUAAACAUAAAUACAUAAAUGUAAAAAAGAUAUACUGGAAUUACCCUUUAGACCUUUAACAGCUUGCCAUUCUCAGUGUACACCCCCCACCUAUAAAGUAAAUGUACUGUUCGCAGUCAAAACGCAAGCCUGACUCAGGUCUUAACCAUUCCAAACUGUACCAAAUUGUUCAGUGAAGGAAACACAGCAUUACAUUUCCAUGUCAGUUUGAAUGGUUCCCCCUUUUUUUACCUGAGCAGCGGCCCUCACAAUGUCUGUGCACGGCCCUGGUUAGUGACAGCAAACUACUGGAGCUCGGUGUAGUUGCUUUCGUUUGUUGUCUGUACGUUAGCUACUACACCUUUAUCAACUUUCCCUCCAUGUCCGGACACAGUUCAUAUCGAGCCUGUUCUGGGAACUCGUUUUUCCACAGCGACAGUUAGUCUCACGGACGGACGGACGGACAGACAGCGUGUGUCAGAGAUUGAAUGUCAUGACUGAGGUGUAAAUGAAGCAGAGACACGGCAGACAUGGAGACCUGCGUCAUGUCUGCGCUGGACAGGCCCGCGGCGGAGCUGACGGUGACGGACAUCUACGACAUUGCGGCGCUCCUCGGACAGGAGUUUGAGCGGAUUAUCGACAGGUUUGGGUGCGAGUGUCUGGUUGGAGUUGUGCCGAAGGUGGUGCGGGUGUUGGAGCUGCUGGAGGCGCUGGUGAGCCGCGGGGCCGCCGCACAGGAGACCGAGGAGCUGCGGAGGGAACUCGAGAGACUGCGACAGGAGCGGAGCGACAGAUACGAGCAGGAAAGGAAACACGCGAAGGAGUUGGAGCUAGUGGAUGAUGUGUGGAGAGGUGAAGUCCAGGACCUGCUCUCUCAAAUCACUCAGCUUCAGACAGAGAAUAAGAGGCUCUUAGUGAGCAUCUCUCACAAAGAGUCCCCGGUCACAGAGGAAGACCUGCAGAAACAGGAGGGAAUGUCAGAAAAAGAAAGACGAGUUAUGAAGAAGCUGGAGGGCAUGGUGGAUAAGCAGAGGGAUGAAAUCCGGGCUAAAGACCAUGAGCUAACACUAAGAAACGAGGAUAUUGAUGCAUUCCAGAUGCAGCAACAUCGGCUGAUAAUGAUCAACCAGGACCUUCGUCGCAGAAUAGGAGUGAUGGAAGCCCAGGGAAAGGCACUAAUCCAGCAGAGGGCUGAGCUGGAGGCUGCAGCCCAGGCACAGCAGCAGGAGGUUGGGGCUCUGCAGCUGGAGGUCACAAGGUUGAAAAAGGAGCUCCGGGAGUGGGAGCUGGAGAGAGCGCUUACUGAGAUAGAGGAGUCCUCUGGGAUGUGUUCGCCCUCAACAUCAUCAUCACAAAUGAUGAUCUCGGAAAAAACGCCACCUGACACCAUUAAACCAAAUUCAGUGUGGAUGGAGUGUGGAGGUGAUGCUGGAUUCUUGGCAAACUGCUUUGAGCACAACAAGGGUCCUUCCAUUCUCCCAGGUCCAUCUAAUGGAGAAAAUACUGAGGAAGAGCGUGAAAAAGAUGAGGACACGACAACUUUGUUACUGAGGGUGCCAGCUGAUACAGAGCUAGAGGAGGAGACAGACAGCCUGGAGCAGGAGUCAGACAAACCUCGUUUUACUCUCCAGGAGUUACGGGACGUCCUGCAGGAGAAGAAUGAACUCAAGGCAGAAGUCUUUGUGCUGCAGGAAGAGCUGGCUUAUUACAAAAGCAAUGAGUCUGAGGAUGACACCAGCCCCCUUGAUUUUUCUCCAUCUCCUCCACCAUGCACCAAUUCCACUGAUCAGCCUGAGUCAGGAAUACGGCGCUUGAUCUUCACUGCCAUAAUGCCAAUGGUGGCAGCCGGCUUGAUCACAGAUGAUCCAACAUUGAUGCCAAUCCGAAGACUUGUUUCCUUUGUAUGAAUGUAAAUUCUUUAUCUUUUUUGACCAUCCAAAAAUGAGUUAAUUCUUAACCAUUUCUUAUGUGAUUUAAAACCUAAUCUGAUUGUUUUUGUCUACAUGGAUUCACAAAGUCAUAAAGACACUCAUCAGGCCACAACUUAAAAAAAACUGUUACCUGUUGUAAUGUUGUGGAUCAGCACAAAGUCCAGUUUUUAUUUCUCAGUGCACAAGAAUUACUUUGUAAUUUCAAAAUCAAUUUGCACAGGUUUUACAGGUAAAACCGUAAUGAAUUUUAAAAAAUUGUUUUAAGAGUAGUGUUAGCCGAGAAAAUACAUUUUGGUAAAAAUGUUUUACCUAGCGUGGCAAAAUGAAACUAAGUAGUAAAAGGCGAGAUAAGUGGCUGAACGUGGACAGUCUUACAAGUGUCAAAAGUCUCAGGGUUUUGUGGUUGCUUAAAAAAUUACCAUCUGUGCCUGCUCGAGUUUAUGUAGAACUUAGCACCCGAUGUUCUCUCUCCUUUGCUUUUACUAGUACAGAAUUUAUGUCACUGUGCUUUAUAUUGUACUUGCCUAUCAGUAUAGCACUGGUAGCACUGCCUUAAUAGGCACUUUUAAGUUCCUGAGUAGUCAGAAAUUGGUCAAGCCACCUGUACCCACAAAAGGUGCUGGGACUUUGAGUGUAAUAUGUGGCUCUAUGUGAUGGCAUAUUAUUGUGAGGACAUCAUUAUGGACAUUUUUGUCCAUUUGGGCAAAUGUUUCCUCUUGAUCUGGCCAUCGUUUUGGCUGUCAAUUUUUUGUGAGAAUUCAAAUCAAAAUUUGAAAUUCAAAUUUUGCUUUUUCUAUUUGGAUCAAUAGAAAAAAAAUGACCAUAGUCUCAAGUCAUUAGAGACAAAAAUGUACACUUACAAAAAUUGUUAUAAAAAUAUUACAGAUUCAUAUUUUUCAACUAAACAAAAAUAGUCUUGAAUGUGUCAUUAAGUCCUUGUCCUUAAUGACUCAUUUUAAAUUUGAUGCUAAACAAAAACUUAUAAUGCUUUUUUCAUAAAUAACAGUGACAUCAAUUAAUCAAACUGGCAUUUAACAAGUAAUGCCCUCAAAAGGAUUGAAUGUUUGGUAUUUUUGAGGUUGUUAAAGAGUUUUAUGUAGAAACAUGCUGAAAAAAAAUGAAUUUGUAAAGUUUUUUGGAAGUGGACAUUUUUGUUCCUCAUGACUUAAAAGGGUAGUAAAUUAAACUGAUGCAUGAGGAUUAAAGGUCCAGUGUGAAAUAAUUUGCGUCAUCUUGUGGUGAGACUGUGGAUUGUAACAAAUGUAGGACUCACUGAUGCUAGGAAUACCAAAGCAAUUAUACACCAAAUACAAACAUGCUCCCAAGUAUUCAAUUUCUGUCAAUGUACCUUUGUUAUUUAACACACUGGACCUGUAAGUCUGAUUUCAUGGUACCUCUGUUUUCCUCUAUGCAAAUAUUUGUUCAGAUUAACAUAAUAAUAAAGCUUUAUUUUUUCUUA